AACGGAUUUAUUAAUUAUUGACGAAACUUCUGCUUUGCUGGAUUAGGGCUAAACUGCAGCGGACGAGCGAGCUUCUAUUAGAAAUAGCAGCCAAAUGGGACCCUGUGUUUUUUUUUUUAAUAGGAAGAAUACAAUAGAUAAUGUAGUCCUAGAAAUACUAUUUAAAAAAAAAAAGAAAUUGAAACAACCCAGGUUAGUCACGGUUGGUGCGCCUUUGAUCAAUCAAGACCGACCUGGGGUUAAAGAACGAGUAAGUAAGUCUCUAUAUGGUUGCACGUUUUGCGAGAAAUAACGACCAAAACCGUCACAAACUGGACUCUAUUGUCUUAAACGAGGAUAUAUUAUACAGUCCUAGAUUUUCUAUGUUGAACAACAGCUAGUGAUGGUCAUAUCUGGAGCGCCUUUGAACUUAGGUGUUUGCUCGCUGGUGGCUGAGCUUCGGAUAAACAACAUCGAGGCGUCUAAGUGGUUGUUUGUUCAGUAAGAAACAGCAGUCAAAUCACGUCCCUAUUGUUUUUAAAAAGAAAGGAAAGGUUCUUGGCGGGGAAAAAACGUCAGGAUGAUCACGGCUGGAAUGUCUUUGGUCAUUGUUUUAUGCUCGAUUAGAGCUGACUUGGCGAAUGUCCCUCUCCGUCUCACAUUUCUGGCCUUUUUUUUUUUUUUACUAAACUCCAUUGGAGGAUGCCUCUACGUGGUCACUGGAUCUGCUAGAAAUAGCAGCCAGAGCUCCCUCAGAUCACAUUUUAUCGUCUUAAAUGAAAACAAAAAAAAAUUAAAAAACAUUGAGCCAUAUAAUCCCUGACAUAUAAACACGGGAUGGUCAUGACUGGAACAUGUUUGAUCAUACAUAUAUUCGAUCAAGUCUGACCCGGUGUGAAACACCGACAUAUACACGCCAAUGUAACAAUGUCACCCUCUCUCCCUCCAUUUUCUAUCUCUAUCUAACUACCUCUAUCAUUAGUAUUAUAAUCUUUCUACAUCUCCCUCUUUCACCUCCUCUCGUUCUCUAUUUAACUUCUCCGUCCGUUCGUGUCAUUAUUUUCUGGCUGUGGUUUUUUUAAACUUCGUUCCCAUGUCUUUAUAUUUUCAAAAUCGACCGACACAGUAAUGUCUGCUCUGUUUCUCAUCCCUGCUCGACAUUAGACCAAGAUUAUGCUGUGAAAAUGCUCCAAAACCCUCUUGUGUACUUGAACAAAUCUUCAAACGCUCUUGUGGUAGAUGAUGACGACGACGACUGGGAGAAGGAAAAUUAUGGCAGUGGAUUAGGGGACAAGCAGGACCCCGACUGUCAAGAUAAACUGGGUCACCUUGACAAUGGUGCUACAGACAUCAUUGACCAUCAUCCUGACCAUCGCCACUACCACCCUGGGGAUGAUGGUGAAGGUGAUGGCGUAGAUUAUAAUGACAAUGUUGAUGAUGCUGAUGAGGACAAUGAUAUUGUUUGUAUGAGACGAGAGCUUGACCUGCUUCUUGGCAGGACAGGGCCUUCAAAAAAGGUCACCGUGCAUACAUUACCCUCUCGACAGCAUCGCCGCUUCCUGGCGGACCUAGAUGGCAAUAUCCACGGUCAGUUGACCCGAGCUGCGGACAGCAGACAAAUGACGGUGCCACAAAAAGCGAUGACAAAAGAAGGCAAGGGGACAAAGACGAGUAAAUUGAGGGAGGACGUGAAAGACAAGGAGACGAAGAAAUCAAAAAGGGGAGGGUUAUCAGCAGAGGAGAGAAAGAAGGGCGAAAGAGCAGUUAAGACAAAUAUGGUAACGAUUCGCAAGAAGAAUGUGGAUCCUGCUGUGGCUAGUGGAGAUGAAGAUGUCAUUGAACGAGGAGCAAGUCGGGAGGUGACAAAGAGCAGCAGACAACCCAACAACAAAGCAAGUGCGGCCACCCCUCCUAGUCACCCAUUACCAAGUAUUGACGAAAGACUUAGCCAACUAAGACCAUCCAGAGAACUUCUAGAGUUUUAUCGUAAGAAGAUCGCCGAAUAUAACGAGGAACACACCAGCAUUAUGGGCCACUUGGACACCUACAAGGAAACCUACGAGGAAAUGCUGAGGGAGCUUGAAGAUAAACAGAAAAUCCAGCACCUUUUGAGCCUGGGAGGCUACCCAGAGGGAGAGGUGACUUAUUUCCAUAAGGAACCUCCAGCUAUGGCCAUCAUUGAGCAGAAAUACUCUAAGAAUGUUGACAGUAGCCAGGCUGCUAAGAGUGAGAACCAAGGAGUGAAGAAGAAGAAAUCGUGUGAGACAAAGUGUUUGUGUGAGAGUCUUCGUCAGGACAACAAGAUUUUGUCAAUGCAGAUCGAACGUCUUCAGUCACAACUGGAAGAACAGACGAAGAAUUCCAAAGAGCAUAUUGCAAGCCUCUUUGCUGACAGAUAUGAGAAACAGAUGGAAGAAGAUGCUCGCCGGAAACGGGACGAGAGAAAGAUUGAAGUCCUUCUCGAAAAACUCCAGAAGACCCAGGAACUCUUGUACGACACCACAAAGCAGUUUCUGCAACAGCGCUACACCCAGCGCACCAACGAACGCGAGUGGAUGGCUGAGAAGGACGAGUUGCUGCAGCAUUUGGACAAGCUGCAGGAAUGGUCCAAGCAUCAUUGCCACCACACAACAGCGACACAGAGGAAGACUGCCAUGGCAACCAGCAGCAUCGCCCCAGCGACGAAGGACAUCACUGACGGACACCACCACUGCUGUAACAAGCAUGGCGCAUGCAACAGCUGCACCAGACGUGCUGCGACUGCAACCCACCAUGUUGGCGUUGAUGUUUGUGGUAUUGGGAUGCAGUUUACAGAGAAUAAAGACCAGGAACUACUUGAAGAGAUACAGAACCUGCGAUUCGAACUCCAGCAAGUCAAGACAAUGUCCGAUAUGUAUCGGUCGCAGGCCAUAGAAGGUGAAGAAGAACUGUGUAAGAUCCGAGAAGAAGGGGACUUUGCCAAGGAAUCCUUCAAGGAUCGAAGUCAGAAGAUGUCGAAACGCCUGCAGUUGAUGAAUUCUCGUUACCAGGAGUUGGAGCGGAGGAGACACUUCGAGGUGGAAGGGUUCAAGAACGACAUAAAGAAUUUGAGGACCAGGUUGAAGGAAGUUGAGAGAGAGCUGUAUAAGGUGACGCUUGGCCUAAGUGAAGAACUCGAUGAGAAAGAUCCGGAUAACCUGGACAUGAGAAUCCUGCGCAACGUCCAUCUGUCGACUGGACGCUCCCAGAAGAUCAUGCGUGAGCUGAAACGUCUCAAGUCUAAGGUUUACAGUCUCGAGAAUGACUUGAGGCAUUUGUGAGGGCCACCACACCAAACCACAACACUGCAUCACCCCACGACAAUGCAAUGUUCUUGACCACACGUUGACCACACGUUGUUGGUGGGUGGAGGAGGAGGGGAAGGACCAGGGGAGAUGUUUUUAAUGUUUUUGUAUAUAUUUUUAUUCCUUUGAUUUUAUCAUUUUCUUGUUUAACCAGUUACAUACUGGGGGGUGGGGGUUGAUGCAAGUUGAAUGUUGAUGAUACCCCUCCUCAUGUCCCCACCUCCACCACCCAAAACAAAAAACAUGGCCUUUUGUGUUUGGGAAUCUUUUGUUGUCAAUAUCCUUCUUGUCUCCAAAGGCGGUGAGCUGGCAGAAUCGUCAGGAUGUUGGGCAAAAUGCUUCGUGGUAUUUCAGCAGUUAUGUUCUGAGUUCAAAUUCCGCCGAGGUCGACUUUGCCUUUCAUCCUUUGAAGGUCAAUAAAAUAAGUACCAGUUAUACACUGGGGUUGAAGUAAUCAACUCAUCUCAACUCUCACCAAAAUUGCUGGCUUUGUACCAGAAUUUGAAAUCAAUGUUUAUCCUCUUUCUCUCUCUCUCUCUCUCUCUUUUGCAUGUACACAUGCAUACGUCAACCAUUCCGUCCAUUAUUCCAAUACAACCAAACAAGUUAUUUCUAUGGCAAUCUUCAGAUUAAAGAGAGAGAGAGAGACUGGUUAAGGUGAUUCCAAAAAGUGUUUGCUUGUCUGUUUGUGGUGUUAUUUGUGAUUUAAUAUGGUAUAAGAUAGAGGGAGAGAGAGAUUGAUAUUUGAUGGGUGACAAAAUGUUGGAAGGUAUUUGCAAAAAUGUGGGAGGAAAGUAUCAACGGAUGGGGUGAGUGUUGGGGGAUCAGUUUGGGGUUGAUUGUUAUUGAUGGGUGAGGGGACAGAAACUGGGGUGUUUAGGUGAGGGGGAGGAACAGGCUGAAAGAUGGAUGGAUGGGCCAACAGACUGAUAGAUGGAUAGGGAGAUAGAUAGAGAAAUGGAUCAGCAGAUUGAGGGAUUGAUUGAUACACCGAUGGACAGACAGACAGACAGACAGAUUGGUAGAUAGAUGAUUGAUACACAGAUGAGUAGAUAGAUAGAUUGAUAAACACAGACUGAUUGAUACACAGAUGGACUGACAGACGGACAAAUUGGUAGAUUGAUUGAUUGAUUGAUAAACAGACAAAGUAAUUGAUUGAUACAUGGACAGACAGACAGCUAGAUAGAUAGGUGGAUGAAUGGACAGGUAGUCAUAAAGAUUAAUAGGUGGAUAUAUAUAUAUAUAUAUAUAUACACACACAGGGUGUGGCAGAAGUAACGCUGUUUUGUAUUUAAGUUUUCUAGAUUCUGAUUGAGUUUCUUUUUUUAUUUCCUAAAACUUCUGUGAUUUGUUUUCAUUAGUUUCUUAUUCGUUUCUUUAUAUAAUGGAAUGACUUUGUGUCCAGUAAAAAAUUACUUAAUAAAUACUUAUAUAUACUAUAAAAGUUAUUAAAUGCAAAAAGGGUGUUACUUCUGCCACACCCUGUGUAUAUAUAUGUAUGUAUAUGCAUACAUGUUAAGAGAAAGAAAGAUAGAUACACACAGACCAAAGCAGGAAAAUGGAUAUGUGCAUAAACAGAUAGAAAGAUAGGUAUAUAUAGGCAGAUGGUUUAUAUUGCUGGGUAGUUUGUUCUUGUUACAAUAUCAACAUAUUGUUUAUAGAAGGUGACAGUAAUGUCUAAUAACAUUAAAUAUUAGAAAAACACAAUAACAAUGAUACUGGUAUGUUAAUUGAGAAGUCUCAAUAUUUCGGGUUGCAAACUCUUUAUCGUGGGAUUCAAAGAAGAGCAAAAGAAGGAAAUUAUGUUGCCCUUUAGUUGGGGCUUCAGAUACUGUACACUUUUAUAGGGGUAGAAAUUUGGGGCUGUCAUGUGUGUGUGUGUGUAUGUGUAUAGACCAUUAUCCUGGUCUUGUUGAACCCUUGGUCAGCCUUUGCCAACCAAACUUAUGAUGAAACGCACCUUUCUUCUCCCUUCAGUGUGUCCUUUUAUUAAGAAAGUAGACUAUGAAGAUUCCUUGCAUUGUUGCACUUUGCAUUCUGUUGUAUUUACAUUCCAGUCACAUCUACCGCAUGUGUGUAUGUAUGUAUGUAUAUAUAUAUAUAUAUAUAAAUAUAUAUAUAUAUAUAUGUGUGUGUGUGUGUGUGUUAAGUGGGAAGUAUGUUUUUAUUUACAUAAAUAUAUAUGUAUAUUCUGUAUUUAUGUUUGUAUGUAUAUGUCAAUAUAUAUACACAUUUGUGUAUAUAUGUGUAUAUAUACAUAUAUAUAUAUAAUGCAUACAUUAUUGUAAUAUAAUU